UUAAGAUGUCAAUACAUUUCAGAAUACCUGUAGUCGACCAAUUUCUCGGUCAAAUAACGAGCUUGGCCUAAAUUGCUAAUGCGAAUAAGACUGUGAAGGAGAAGCUUACCCCAAGGCAGUUAGAGAUGUUCAAGAGAAUAGUUUUUGGGUGAUUUAUAGACGUUGACAUGGUGUUCAACAACCCAAUUAUCCAUCAUAUGUUGUUGAGAGAAGUGAAAAGCACGAGAGCUGACUCAAUCUCAUUCUUUGUUGGUGGAAAGGUCGUCACUUUUUUAAAGGAUGAUCUUUUGUUGAUGUCUGGUUUGUGGCGAUCCCCUACUUGAGUUCAUUAAAAUGAGCAGUCCUCGUAUGAACUUGCAAUCAAGUAUUUCGGUAAUUGAGUGACGAAGGACACCUUACAUGUCCGUCUACUAGAAGAAAAAUAUAAGGAAUUGGCAUUUGAAAAUGAUGAGGAUGCUGUGAAGAUCACAUUAGUCUACUACACGGAGGUUGCAAUGAUGGGAAAGAACAAACAGAAAAAUACAGUGGAUCUUAAACGUUUUAAGGACGUUCAAAACAUAGAAUACUACAAUAGUCUAGAUUGGGGUACCAUUAUUUGGGAGAGGACACUUGAUGCCCUAAAGAAUGCAUUGAAUGAUAAGAGUAGCUUAUACAAGAUGAAGGUGAAAGAAAAUAAAAAUUAUGUCGUGAAGUACUCUUUGCAUGGAUUUCCACAAGCGUUCCAGGUAUGGAUGUACGAGAUCCUAGCAGCAUCAAUAGCUGGGAACAUUGUGGAACGAAGGAGCAAGGUGGCUUUGCCUCACAUAUUACGAUGGUCAUGCUCUCACUCAGUGUCUUUCAAAGAACUCGAGAGAGACAUAUUUGAGUCUAACAAUACAAAUGUUAAAGGGGGUCUUGUCAUGACCAACGCUGAGAGGGAGUUUCGGGAUACCCCAGUGGACAGACAACCUAUAUUCGAUCUAGGUGCCAAUGAUGAUAGUGCUGAAAGUGGCAGUAGGUCGAGUAGUGGGGGUAGUUCUGAAAGCGACGGUGAUGAUCAUCGUGGAGGUAACAAUGAUGAAUGUGGAAGAGUGGAAGGAGGGGAUGAACACGAGCAUUCUGAGCACGAGGAUGCUAAAUGUGGAAGGGUGGAGGGAGGGAUAUACACACCUAGUGAUGAUAUGUUCCUUGAUGUGGUGGAUCAUGUAGAUAUUGAGUUGAAUGUUGAUCAGCACUUGCCUUGUCAUCGCAACACUACGUUGCAACUCUGCUUGUUGCUCGUGUAA